ACAUGUUCUGCACCAGUGAGUUCACCAUCAUAUCCCUUACCUCUUAUCUCACUGGUUUUAUGAAUAAACAGUGUAUAGGACUACAUUGUAUAGUUAUUUACUUAACUUUAUUACUAUAUGCUAGAGGAUUUAUAAACAGUAUAAAUAAGAACUGCAAUACAAAGUACAUUUGUAAGAUUUACACGAUCUGAACGUCGUGAAACUGCUUGUCAACACUUCAACCUAUAAUUUAUAUUUGCGUAUGCAAAAUCACUCAUUUACAUAGAUAAGGUUAACAUUAAUGCGUGCCGCCGUCUCGUUCCAGUACCCAUUAUAAUAAUUCAAAGCGAACCGGACUUUGCAUCUAGAUGUGUUUGAUUAGAAUAUGUAUUCUUGACUCGGCAUAAACUGGUGUAUAUUUGCAUUAAUCUCACAUGGAUGAAAACGAAUGCGUGGCCUAUUCAAACUCUUCCGGAAGUGCUACAGUUAAUUCGAGGACAAUUUUAUUCGAAGACAAAAGCAAAUCGAAAAUGCAAACGCGCGUCGUUUACGGAGCGUUGUUCGUCUUGAUUGUCGCCGUGCUUGCUCUUGUGAUCGCACUCGCCGUGGUGGCCACUCAGAACAAGGACACGACUUCCGGCGGCGCGGAUGUUGACGGGGGGUCUUCCAGCAGCGGUCAGACCGGAAGUGAGGGCACUGAUCUUCCGGUAGUGGACUGUUCAUACGCAGCUUCUAACCUGGACAAGGCGAAAUGUGUUCUGGAUAGUUAUCCGUUGGUUGACGGGCACAACGAUCUACCAUACCGCUACCGACGUUACUCCAAUACGGCUGUGUAUACGGUUGAUCUGACGUCAGAUCUACGUAAGACCUGGAACACGAAUCUCUCUCAUACCGAUAUACCGAGGCUCCGGAAGGGAAAACUUGGGGCACAGUUCUGGGCGUGUUACGUUCCUUGUAAGUCCCAAUACAAGGACGCCGUUCUUCUUUCCCUCGAGCAACUUGACGUCAUCAAGAAAUACGUCACACGCUACCCUGACACAUUCCAAUGGGUGACAACCGCACAAGGAAUCUUGGACGCAUUCAAGAUGGGAAAGAUUGGAAGCUUGGUCGGAUUGGAAGGAGGUCAUUCCAUUGACAGCAGUUUCGGUUCACUGCGCAUGUUCUAUGACCUCGGGGUCAGAUACAUGACCGUCACACAUAGCUGCAACACUCCUUGGGCAGACAAUUGGCGCCAAGACGCACCCGACUACAAUGAGACGGCGGACGGAAAACCACUUGAUGGACUUACAGACUUCGGAAAGCAAGUUAUUUUGGAAAUGAAUCGUAUCGGAAUGCUCGUGGACCUGGCACACGUUGCCAAGGCGACCAUGGUUUCAACACUGGCGAUUGCGCGCGCACCUGUAAUCUACAGCCACUCCUCCGCCUUUGCGCUCUGUAACCACUACCGGAAUGUACAGGACGACGUUCUUAAACUUACGAAAACAAACGGCGGAUUGGUGAUGGUGAAUUUUUACGACAAAUACGUCACUUGUUAUCCUAUGAACGGCACAGAAUCUACCCUCGCCCAUGUCGCAGAUCACAUAGAUUACAUCAAGAACCUUAUUGGGGUCGAUCACGUGGGUAUAGGGGCUGACUAUGACGGUGUCCCCUCACUUCCGGUUGGCCUAGAAGACGUGUCCACCUACCCGGCCUUGUUCGCUGAGCUCGUGCGGCGAGGCUGGAACGAGGCUGACCUUCAAAAACUCGCCGGCCGUAAUCUCAUCCGGGUACUUAGGCAGGCAGAGAAGGUGAAAGCUGAAAUGUCACACGAGGCUCCGCACGAGGAUAUGCUUCCCUUUGAAGUUGCCGCACCGGAAGAAGUGUGUCACACGCGCCUUGACACGUGGUAGUCGUACGCCUUAUCCGCCGCACAUGUGAAUAUAUUCAAGCUCCUUCGCAAUAUACGACAUUCGGAACUCCUCGGCCAUUUUUCAUCGAAAACAACAUUGGAUGUAUGCCGGUGCAUCAGUAGAAGUAGUUCGUAAAAAUCUAAAUGCUAGUAUAAAUUGAUUGUAUUGUUUUAACGUAUAUUUUGUAUAUCUAAGUUUAAAAUGAUUGUUAGUGAAGUGAUUUAUUGCAUAACUAAUUAAGAUUUCCAGAUUACCGUCAUUCAGUUUAACUGCUUAAUUUAAACUACUAUGCGAUCUACUUGCUGCAUAGUUAAAAUGUAAAGAUUUCUGACAUUGUAAACCGUCCAUUUACAUCCGAGGUUGUUUUCGAUGUGAAAUGGCCGGGGAGCUCCGAAUCUCGCAAUGUACGAGUGAAUGAAGGAGUAGUCAGGAGAAGGAACCGCUGUGUGGAGUUUGGUAUACUUAUAACCGUACAUUGCGUGCACCCGAUACGUUUUUGAAAAUUAUUUGUUCUGUGAUAAUCAUUUUUUACUCAUGAAAUCAUAAACCAUUAUACCGACGACAGUGUGUGUAUACCACGUCAUAAAAUGCGUCAUAAAUGCUACGUUGGAAGGCAAUAUUUUCCUUCGAAUGAAGACUUUAAACAAAUAUAACUUUCCUAUUUCUUCACCAUUUCAAAUGAAACAUAGCUUAGUCUACGCCACUUACAGAGCCCCGCCUUUGGUCUUGGCAUUUGAUUGAGAGUUGAGUUUCUUAAAACACUUCGACAUACCUUUCACAAUACGGCCGUCUGACGGAGCACUGUCAAAAUCAUUAUUUUGGAACCAGGUUUGUCGAAGUGUUUGUUGAAACUAAUCACCUUAAUAAACUUCGGUAAUAAAACGAAGGAGGGGCUCUUUAAGCCACAUAGACUGUCCUUUGUUUCAUUUAAAAUGGUGCAGUAAAAGAAAAGUUAUCUUUGAUUGAAGUAUUUAUUUUAAGCAAAAUGCUGCCUUUCGACGUAGUAUAUAUAACGUUUUUUAUCACGUGGUAUACAUGACGUAAUUUAUCACGUGGUAUACAUGACGUAAUUUAUCACGUGGUAUACACACACUGGACGAGCAUAUCGGUCAUGAAAUGUCACUAUUGUUUUGUACAUCAUUAUUAGAUUAUACGCUUGUACACGUGUUGUAUCAUAUCCAGCAUAAAAUAUAUAUAUUCCAUCACCUGGCGCGUAGCUGCCUAUACGCGAGUUCGCGGCUGAAUCCAUAUGAUUCUGACAAAAAAAUAAAUAAUUCAGACAAAGUUCCAGUAUCCGUACUUGACCUUACAUGCUGUUACAUACACAUGGACAUUGAACAUGUAAUUAUAUACAGUCGAACCCCGUUGGCUCGAACUCGUUUGGCUCGAAAUCAUCGUUGGCUCGAACUAGAUGUAAAGGUCCGUUUGCUUUAUACUUAAGGUAAAAAAUCCCGCUUGGCUCGAUUUUUCUGAGGCUCGAAGUAUUUUCGCCGGUCCCUUUCAGUUCGAGCCAACGGGGUUUGACUGUAUAUCAAUUGCAAAAAGGACCGAAAAUUAGACUUCUGUUAGACAAUCUGAGUAUUAUUAACAUAACUCGGGCUUAGUCGUUUGCUAUUUUAUAGAAAGUAAAGGAAUAAUUGUAGAUCCUAACACUGUCCAUUUUUCAGUACUAAAGAAGCACCUCAGAACUCACCACAUUGCACCAUUGUUUUCGUAUAUUUCAGGAGGGGGGGGCACGCCCCCAGACCCCCUAGCACAUUUAUGAAUCUACAUGAAUAUAGGGCAAGCUACGCCACUGAUAACAUAUAUAAUCGAGAACAAUAUUAGUGUUUUAUACCAUAUGCACAAAAUGUAUGGAAUUAAUCAGGUGCAUAAUAUUUUAUCUGAUAGCAAUGCGACUGACGUGUCGUUGAUUCUAUAAGUGUUCAGACUAUAUCUCGCAUUUUCACAUGCCUGUUAUAUAUGGCUUUUUACAUUGAUGAAAUAAAUUAUUUACUUAUAUAAACAUUUUUGUCGAUUUUGGUUUGACACUUUUGUGUACCAUUUCUCUCCUAACAUAUAACUUGUUUGUCUCCCUUUCAGUCUUAACAUGUUAUUUGUUUGUGUACUGAUUCCGUCUUAAAUUGUUUUUUGUUUGGGCAUCCUUUCCAUUUUAAUAUGAUAUUUGUUUGUGAACCCUUUCUGUUUUAACAUAUUAUUUGUUUGUGUAUCAUUUCCAUCUUAACAUGUUAUUUGUUUGUGUACCCUUUCUGUCUUAACAUGUUAUUUGAUUGUGUACUUUUUCCUUCUUAACAUAUUAUUUGUUUGUGUACCCUUUCUGUCUUAACAUGUUAUUUGAUUGUGUACUUUUUCCUUCUUAACAUGUUAUUUGUUUGUGUACCCUUUUUUCUGUCUUAACAUGUUAUUUGAUUGUGUACUUUUUCCUUCUUAACAUAUUAUUUGUUUGUGUACCCUUUCUGUCUUAACAUGUUAUUUGAUUGUGUACUUUUUCCUUCUUAACAUGUUAUUUGUUUGUGUACCCUUUUUUCUGUCUUAACAUGUUAUUUGUUUGUGUACUUUUUCCUUCUUAACAUGUUAUUUGUUUGUGUACCCUUUCUGUCUUAACAUGUUAUUUGAUUGUGUACUUUUUCCUUCUUAACAUGUUAUUUGUUUGUGUACCCUUUUUUCUGUCUUAACAUGUUAUUUGUUUGUGUACCCUUUUUUCUGUCUUAACAAGUUAUUUUUUGUGUAUUCUUUCUGUCUUAACGUUGCUAAUUGUUUGUGUACCAUUUCCAUCUUAACAUGUUAUUUGUUUGUGUACCUUUUCCACCUUAACAUGUUAUUUGUUUGUGUACCUUUUCCACCUUAACAUGUUAUUUGUUUGUGUACACUUUCUGUCUUUACAUGUUAUUUGUUUGUGUAUUAUUUCUGUCAUAAAAUAUCAAUUGUUCGUAUACCCUUUCUGUCUUAACAUGUUAUUUGUUUCUGUACCCUUUCAGUCUUAACAUGUUAUUUGUUUGUGUACCAUAUCUGGCUUAACAUGUUAUUGGUUUAUGUACCUUUACUGUCUUGACGUUGUUAAUUGUUUGUGUACCCUUUUCAUCAUAACAUGUUGUUUGUUUGUUACCAUUUCCAUCUUAACAUGUUAUUUGUUUGUGUACGCUUUCUGUCUUAACAUGUUAUUUGUUUGUGUACCCUUUCGUCUUAACAUGUUAUUUUUGUGUACCUUUUC